CAACGUUUAUAUCUAUUUUACAUGACUUAUAUAUUACUUGAUUUAUACACCCGCACAUCUAUAAUUUCGUUGGGGUUAUAUAUUCCUCGUUAGAUAAAUGAAAAUACCGAGCAGCAAAUGUUGAAACGUCAUGAAUAGAAUUGUUUUCUACGACAGUCGCGCACACUUUACGGCACAGGCUGUGAGGCCGCUGAUAUACUGUAGGACAAAGCCGUUCUAACUUUACAAUUCUCCAGCACCGAUCACAGAGGAACAUGGAGGAAUAAUUAUAACAAAAAGCAUCUAUCGGCAGCAAUUAAUCGACGGUUUUGCUGGGUGUGUUGAUGCUGCCGGUGUUGUGGCGAGUGGGAUUACGAGCGUUCUCCAUGGCGUCAGAAACAUACUCGUCUGGCACACACUCUGCAGCCUUCGUCACCUGCCCAAAUGACACGGUGGCCAAAGAGCUGGCCAGAGGAAUCGUGGAGAAGAAACUGGCAGCGUGUGUGAACAUUGUACCGCAGAUUACAUCUGUGUACGAGUGGCAGGGAAAGAUUGAAGAGGACAAUGAAGUUCUGCUGAUGAUUAAGACCAGAAGUUCAAAGGUCGCUGCUCUUGCUGAAUAUGUUAGGUCGAAUCAUCCGUAUGAAGUGGCAGAGGUCAUCAGUUUACCCAUCGAUCAGGGAAACCCGCCGUAUCUCAAAUGGAUCGGAGACACUGUGCCGGAGUGACUGUGUUCCUGCUGUUGAACGUCUCUAAUGUCACAGUUUGCUCAUGAGAAUAUUAGGAUUACAAAGUACAUUUGUUUGGUUUUAUCUCAGCUAUAAAAUUGACUUUGCAACAGCAGGAAGUCAAAUAUUAAAUACAGUCUUUCAUGUAUUUAUCAUGCCAAGUGUUGCAUAAACAAUUUUUUUGUUGUUGAA